UCUGGAUCUAAAACUAUAUAUUCUACCAUAGGUUAUGAUUUGAAAUUUCAUAAGCCCAUUGGAGCUGAUAGCUAGUCGCUUUAAUCUAGAAAAGAACAUUAGCCGGACUGUUUGUACUUAGUUUCAUGGACAAUUUAAUGUUUACAGAGCUCUCUUCUGUUCUUUAUGAUAUGUCUGGUUUACUCUUCAAAGUUUCACCAAAAACAGCUCAUCUCACUGCUGUUUGUCAUCACUUUGUAAUCUUAAGCAACAAAUUGCCAUUACCUUUUAUCAAAAAGUAAAAAUGGAGGACUUUACCAGGAAAAUAAAUAAAUAAAUAAGUAAAAUUAAUGGAGGAAUAGCCACAUGGUAUUUUUCAAAAAGUCUACAAUGAGGCUGAGAGAUAACCACAUGUACCAAAUUUUGGAACCCAGAAUUGGCUGGAAAAAGCUGGUGCUGUACCUUUUUUUUUUUCGGUUGUGCAUUCUGAUAUUCAUUGUUCUCCAUUUUGCAGUCUCUCUGAUGCUCCAGUUAGAAACAGCAAGAUGAGUAUAUGAAUGUGUAUGAUACUGGGUAGGUCAAUCAUUACUCGUAAUAUUAAAAUCGUUAGUUUAACAACCAACAACUUUCUUUUUAUGUGUUUUGUUUUCAAUAAGUGGGGUUCCUCUCUCCCUUCUUUAACUUGUUCUUGGAACGAAAGCAUUAUUUACCCCAAAAUAAGAUCAUAUAGAACCUUACUUAGCUUCUAGCCUUAUGGGAAAAGUUAGUGGUUUUAUUUAUUAUAUUUCAUGCAAUCCUCAAUGCUACUAUGAUCUCCUAUUAUCCUGCUUAUGCAUUGAGAAUAGCUUAGCUAUGCUAGUUUUUUCCCGAGAAAGAAUAUGCUUCAAUUAUUGAUAUGGAAAGCACCAAUAUUAUGAAAAUGGCAGAGGUAGUAUAGAUUUCUAGUGGCAAGAAAUGAUCAACGUAGAUUUUGGUUUAUGUUUCUAAUAGAGAGUAUUACUGAAUAGGUUUCCCAAAACAAAGAAAACUCUCAAGCCAAACUCCUUUCUGACAACCAUUAAGUAAUAUACUAAUUAGUCUAUACGUUUAGGAGAUUUGAUUGCAUUUGCUCUAAUGGUUGGGUCGGUUCUGUAAUUAAUAAUUGCACAUUUUAAAGCUUUUUGGUCCCUCUAUGUAAACUCCAACUAAAAAUCUAACACACUAAGACAACAUUUAAUGAUUUAAAACGCCUAUUCAAGUUCACAGCACGAUUACUUUUCAUCAUUUUGCUCAUCCGCCAUGGAAUUCCAUGGUCAGAGAAACGUAUGGGGUUUUAUGGAUGAAGAAAGAAAGAGUAUCAAUUUACCUCGGAGACUCUCUUUUGGUAACCAACAGAGUACACAAGAACCAUCUGUUCAGUUUGCUUCUGCAAGACCAUCUGUUGCAUCUGCAACAUCCCCAUUAAGGCCUAUAAGUCCGGCAGAGACGCCAUGGACACUCUCUCCUGUCCGCACUUCACCUAAACAGCCUCUUCUUUACCAUUGUAUAGCCUCACUCCACCGCCAUCAAGGUAAAAUUUUCUCCAUCACACUCACUAAUGACUUUAUAUUCACUGGCUCUGAAAGUAGCCGUAUUCAUGCAUGGAAGCAACCAGAUUGCACUGAAAUAGGUUAUAUAAAGGCCACUUGUGGUCAAGUCCGAGCCAUCUUAGCCCAUGGAAAAUUUCUGUUCACCACUCAUGGUGACUUCAGAAUUCGUAUUUGGGAUGUGUCCUCAUCUGCAGAGAAUUUUCAACCAAAGAAGAUUAAAACCUUACCUAAAAGGAAACCAUUCUUGUCUUUCUCAAAAAAGAGCACCCAACUACACAAAGAUCAUAUCUCUUGCGUAGCCUACAACCCUGAAGACAGGCUUCUCUACACAGGAUCAAGGGACAAAACAGUUAAGGCUUGGAAGAUCAACGAAAACCGAUGUGUGGAUUCAUUUGUGGCUCAUGAAGGUAUUGUUAAUGCAAUUGUUAUCAACCAAGAAGAUGGAUGUGUUUUCACUUGUUCCUCUGAUGGUUCAGUGAAAAUAUGGAGAAGGGUUUUCGGAGAAAGUACCCACAUCCUAACCAUAACCCUGAAGUUCCAGCUCUCUCCAGUCAAUGCAUUGGCAUUGAGCUUGUCACCAACUACAUGCCUUCUCUACUCUGGUUCAUCAGAUGGGCUCGUAAACUUUUGGGAGAAGGAGAAGAUGUCAGGGAGAUAUAACCACGGAGGGUUUAUGCAAGGCCAUCAUUUUGCUGUUCUUUGUUUGGUAGCCAUUGAAGAAUUAGUCUUCAGCGGCUCCGAGGAUGCUACUAUACGGGUAUGGAGGAGGGAGGAAGGAAACUGCUUUCAUACUUGUCUUUCAGUCAUAGAAGGUCAUCAUGGACCAGUGAGAUGCUUAGCAGUUUCUCUGGAAACGGAGAAUGUGGUAAAAGGCUUGUUGGUUUACAGUGCAAGUCUGGACCAAACUUUUAAGGUAUGGAGGGUUAAAGUUUUUCCCAGCGAAAAGGAAAACAUGGAUGAGCCUGCAAUAGAUGAACAGGGAGAAAUUCUGGAGUGCGAGACAAGCCCCGUGUUGUCGCCCUCUUGGGUAGAGAAAAAGCUUCAGACAAGCGCUUCCAGUAGAUGGCAGAAACAGCUUAUAGACCAUGUAAACUUGGUUUAGCAAAUCUCCAGCUCUGAUAUCCAGUGGACGCUGUCUUUUUAUUUUCUUCUCUUUUAGGACCAAAUUACACUGUCUAAUUUUCAUAGAACUUUAUAUCUCCACCUAUCCCAGCAAAUACAACAAGCUUCUUCAAACCAGCAGCCAUGAGUUUCUACAUUGAUUUCCAUUUUCAGGUAGCUUAUGAGUUCAUUCAUGCACCUAUACAUCUGAGAAUUUGUUGCAUUCCUAUCUAUAGAUGCAUGUUGAGUAUUCUUUGCAUGAGUCAUAAAUUUCAACGAUACAAGCCACCAUGCUCCAGCAAGUGCAAUGACACCGCAAGAUUCUAGCACUCUAGAUGGGAGUCCCGCUGUUGCCAAUAAAUCAUUUGUAAACUCAUCAUUUUUUCUACUUUGAUUUUUCAAUCAGUCAAUUUUUGUUUUAUGAAAGUGUUUUCAAAUAUUUGAAAUAAUUUAGUCACAUAUAGGUGGUUAUUAAUUAUUACAAGCAAAUAUGACUUCAAUAGCUUGGGGGACGAAAUGUGGAUUCGGAGUCAAAAUAUG